AUGAGUGAGAAUAAAAAACGACCUGUACGUCGAGAAGGUGAAAAGGUUUGGUGUCCUGAUCCACGCAAUGUGUGGCAGCUUGGUGUUGUUGUUGAAGAUAAUGGUGACAAGCUACACGUGUUACUACCUGAUGCUGAUACAGAAGAAGAAUUUUCAUUUAAUCAGGUUCAUCCAUACGAUCCAACGCAUUCAAUGGAUUUAUCAAAUGUUGCAGAAAUGGAUAAUUUACAUGAAGCACCAUUGCUUGAUCUAUUACGUCGACGUUAUCUAGACGACAAGAUUUAUACUUAUACAGGUGAUGUCCUGAUCUCAAUUAAUCCAUACAAGAACAUUCCCAUGCUGUAUAAUUUUCCAGAUUUUCAUUCGAUUGGAAAAUUAGAGAAUUAUCCAGUACCACAUGUCUAUUCAACAGCUCAUGAAGCUUAUCAUACGAUGAUGAAAGACAAGAAAUGUCAAUCCAUUCUUGUCUCAGGUGAGAGUGGAGCUGGGAAAACAGAAGCUUCGAAAUACAUUAUGCGAUAUCUAGCCAACAUCUCGGAGAUUGGAAAAAAGACACCCAAGGCUUCUAAAGUGGACGUCAGUAGCUCGUCGGUGGAACAAUGUGUGCUGCAGAGUAAUCCACUGUUAGAAGCUUUUGGGAACGCAAAAACAAUCCGGAACGACAACAGUAGUCGAUUUGGUAAAUUUAUCAAGAUUUACUACCAUACCGAUGGUACAAUCUCGGGUGCAACAACGAGCCACUUUUUACUAGAGAAAAGUCGCAUUGUUGGUAGUGCUGAGUCAGAGCGCAACUACCAUGUUUUCUACCAGAUGUGUGCGGGAAUGCCUAUGGAAGAGAAGAAUGCACUUAAACUAAAACCCGCAAGUGAGUUUCACUUUCUCAAUCAAGGAAAUUGCUUUCACGUGCCAGAAAUCAACGACAAAAAAGACUUUAAGGAGCUUGUCGAAGCAAUGAGUACUGUAGGUAUCCCACCAGAAUUACAACACACGAUCUUUCGACUUGUUGCCUGCGUCUUACAUUUGGGCAAUAUGGAGUUUACGGAGAAUGCAAAAAAUGAGUCACAAAUUGCUCACCGCGAAGACGUCACCAAUUUGGCCAAGUUAAUGAUGGUGACGCCAAAUGAGCUUGAAUUUGCUCUUACCAAGCGAACGAUGUCCGCUGGUGCGCGCGGAUCUGUAGCAGAGAUUGCACUGACUGCUGUUGAGUCUGUCAAGUCACGUAAUGGUCUUGCAAAGGACAUUUUCAGCAAGAUUUUUGACUGGCUGGUGUAUCAAAUCAACAAAUCAACGGCAAAUGUCGGGAGCAGUUCUGGUGUAGAUGCAAGCUCUCAGUUUAUUGGAAUUCUGGAUAUCUUUGGUUUUGAAAGCUUGCAAGUGAACUCGUUUGAGCAGCUAUGUAUUAACUACACGAACGAAAUGCUGCAGCAGCAGUUCAACCAGCAUGUGUUUGUUUAUGAGCAAGAGGUGUAUGUUGAGGAGGGUAUCGACUUUUCGCGUUUGGAGUUUAAGGAUAAUGGACCGUGUUUAGAUUUGAUUGACAAGAAACCUUUAGGUAUCCUUCCACUCCUAGAUGAACAAGGAAUGCUUGGUCGGCGUGCUAGUGACGAAAACUUUAUCCAAAAACUGCAUCAAACACAUUUGCCGAAGGGCAAGGUCUCCGAGGAAACAGCAAUCUAUUACUCGAAGCCACGUUUUGCCACGGACAAGUUUGUGAUUCACCACUAUGCUGGCGAAGUCACGUAUGAUGUCAAUGGUUUUUUGGAAAAAAAUGAUGACUCAUUGCACAAUGACCUGAUCUCGCUCAUGGACAGCUCAAACUGUGAGUUCCUGCGAAAGUUGUAUCCUAUUGCUCAAGCAGGUGCGACGGCUGGAGGAGCUAAUCCGCGCAAGCCAAUUCGCAAAAUGGCCAAUAAGAUGACUGGUACCAUGACUGUUGGACGUAAGUUUCGUGACCAGAUGGCAAACUUGAUGGUGGAACUUAAGGCCACGACGCCCUCCUUCGUGCGCUGCGUAAAGCCCAAUAACUUACGCUUUCCGCAGGGAUGGAAUGCUGAUCUGAUUCUCAACCAGCUUAUUUACCUCGGUGUCAUGGAGACUGUGCGUAUCCGUCGGUCAGGUUUCCCUGUUCGACGGCUUUUUGAAGACUUUUAUGAAAAGUAUCAAAUUUUGACCCGCAACGUUCCAAAGGAAGCGCGGACGAAAAUGACAGAGAAAGAUUAUUGCGAAGUCAUCCUACGCUUUAUCCCCCGUGAGAACUGGCAGCUGGGCCACAAAAAGGUGUUUCUCCGCGAUAGUCAAUUGCGCAUCUUAGACAACGAAGCGCGCAAGAUUUUGCAUGAGGCCGCUAUCACUAUUCAAAAGCAUACCCGCGGACGGCACCAGCGCCGAAAGUACCUUGACAUGCAACAAAAAGCAGUUCUCAUCCAGGCCAUGGCCCGGAUGUAUCUGGCGAAACGUCACUUUUCACUUAUACGGCAUCGAAUUACACUUCUUAACGCCGUGGCGAGGCAGUUCAUUCAGCGGCGGAAGUACAUGCGCCUGCACAAGACAGCUAUUUUUGUGCAAAGUCAUCUUCGAGGAAAUGCAGCUCGCCGGUAUGCACUUUAUCUGCGUCGUGCCCCAUUUGCUGCAACGAAGAUUCAAGCCCAAGUGCGGUGCUACUUCGCGCGAAAGCGUUUCAUUAAACAAAAGCAUGCUGCAGCGAAGCUUUUAAAUGCUCGCAAGAUGCAAAAGCAGCAGGCAGAAUUUCUGGAAAUGCGUGAUGCGGCGAUUACGAUUGCUUCUCGAUAUAAGAGCUAUGCUGCACACAACAGGUAUCGCAAUAUGCAGAAGGCAGCUAUCGUUUUGCACGCUGCAGGCCGUGGUUUUAACGCCCGCCUCAAGUAUGGCAAGAAGGCUCGUAUGCGAGCAGUUGCACGCAACAAAGCGCAAAUUCAAAUUUCACGAGCGGCUCGUGGAUUCCUUGCUCGGCGCUACUUCCAGAUCUCGCGUCGACGCAUUAUUAUGAUCCAAGCACGUGUACGUGCUAAUCGCGUUCGCACUGAGUAUCUCAAGGGGCGGGAGGCUACUAUCAACUCUCAGGCUAUGAUUCGCCGGUCGCUUGUGCGCCGCAAAUUCUUGCUUGAGAAAAAGAUGGCAACGCGUAUUGAGGCGUUCGGUCGAUUGGUUAUAUGUCGUCAGCGUUACCGCGAAGAGCGCAAGAAAAUCGUUUUGGUGCAGUCUCUUUGGCGGAUGCAUAACGCUCGCAAGCAGUACACCAAACGGAAUAGGCAGGUGACACUGUUGCAAUCGCUCUGGCGUUGCCAUGCCCAAGCGAAGAAAUACCGCGAUACACGGAAGAAAAUCAUUACAAUUCAAGCCUGUGCUCGCAUGACAGUGAAGCGUGCAAGUUAUCGGAAAAUAUGGUCUGCUGCAUGCGUAGUGCAAAGCGCUGUGCGCGCGUACUUAGGCCGCUGCCGGGUCAUUCGUUUCCAGCGUGGAGUUGUAAAAACUCAAGCAGUUUACCGAGGCUACGCCCAGCGAAAGAAGUAUUGCCGAACUGUACAACGAAUCAUUGCGGUUCAGAGCGUAUUUCGCCAAAAGAGAGCCUUUAAGCUUGCAGACGUUCGGCGUCGGUCUAUGGCACGAGUAUUCGCUGUCGUCAGGAUCUUCCUGUCUCGUGUCCGCAUGCGAAACCGCACUCAAGCAUUGUUUGACGCCGCCAACGCCAACGAUUUAACCCAGGUGCUACACAUUGCGCAGGAAAUGCCAGGAAUGUUGCGGGUACGCGACCGUAUGCACGGUAUGAUGUCGUUAGUCCACGUGGCGGCCAAAAAUGGCGAUCUGAACCUGGCGCGUUUCGUUCUUGAGGAAAAUCCUCAACUUGACGAUCUUGUGUAUGGUAGGGAUACCGCGGGCAGUACACCUCUGCACUAUGCGUGCCGCCUGGCCCACCUGGACAUGGUGCGGUUGCUCACGAAGGUUGCCAACCGGAACUCAAAUCCUGGUGCACACUUCGAUUUUGGAGCAGCUCGUACGCGAAGCGCAAGUAGCACGAGCAGUGCAAGUGACAACCCAUCUGAUACAAAACUUCGUUCGAUCUCCAGUGUUAGCACCGUGUCCAUGUCGACCCCAAUAUCCCGUUCCCCAUCAAAGAGCGUUUCGAUUGUCAAUCGCAGCCUUGUCGGAGGAUCCGAUCCUCGUAUGCGUGGAAUGUCAAGUGGCUCAACAUCGUCAUUUUCGAUGCACCCCGGCUUUAAACCUGGCGAUCACAAUGCGCCGAAGCGUCAUGGUCGCCGCACUCUCGUGUCAUCUGCACCGAGGACAGGGAACAGUCGCCGUCUAUCGUCAUCCAUCGGUGGACUUUCUUCUGUUCUACCCACAACACUCGGAAUUAAAGUAUAUAAGGAGGGAUUUCUUCGCAAGGCUAGCGGUACACGUUGGGCCACGAAGCGCUAUGUGAUGGUGGACGAAGUAUGCUUGUCCUAUUACAAGACGGAGAAAGACAAAAUUCCGCUCAAGAUUGUCGAACUGUGCGAUGCCACCAUCAAGCGUAACUCCGACGUAGACUGCUGCUUCGAGGUCCAAUCACCGCGUCUCAAGAGCUCAAAGAACCCUGAAGGUAUGCUUUCGUUUGUGACCGACACCGAACAAGAGGUGCACGAAUGGAUGCUUGCAAUUCGCAAGGUGCAAAGUGUGCGCGUGACCACGACGAGUCCUCCAAACCACAACAUGAUUUGCAUUGACAGUGGACUGCGCCGUGAGUACGUCAAUAUGAAAAACAAGGCAGGCUUCACGCCUUUGCACCUUGUUGUGCAAAAUGACGAAGAUGAAGGAUUUGAAGCUGCAAAGGUGUGCGUCUGGCUAAUUGAGAAUGGUGCUGAUCCGAAUGCGAUCGACGAAAACGGGGACACAGCACUACAUUAUGCUGUGGAACUGGACCGUUAUGACCUGGUUGAGACGCUCAUGAAGCGUGGGGCGGACUCAAGCAUCAAGAAUCUGAAAGGUCUUUCAGCUAUGGAAAUUGCUGAGGAGGAAGAUUUGAAGGAAAUUCUCAAUCCAGUGAAGCACGCUUUAGUGACGGAAGAAGUCUCGAUCGACACGGAUGAACCUCAAGCUGAUGAAAGCAUUCCUCACAAAAAGAUGACAUCAGUUGCUCCAUCGCUCCUCCCUCCUCCUGACAGGUUACAUUACAGUACUUAUGUGUCUGUUUUCCUUGGUGCCGCGGCUGUUGCCACGGGUCCAAUUAUGGAGACACCACACUUUAAUCUCUAUAUCAUGGAUUGUAAGGGUGCCAUCGUCGACACGGCACAGUGCACUCCAAAGUCCCUUAUUCAAACGGGAGGCAAUUACUGGUGGUUUGGCAACACCUGGUAUCUGCAGGCCCCACUUGAGCACCUCAAGGACGGUUGCGUCGCGGUGAUGGAGCUACGGCAUCGAAGUCUUAUCACACAGGAAGUUGAAGUAGGCUGCUGGACUUUUUUCCACCUCGACUUGAGUAAGAUCACGACGGCGCCGGCUACCUUUGAGAUGUAUGCGCCACCUGUGGACCCGCUCAGCAAGAUUCUUGCUCGUAUUCCUGGAGACUCUUUCCUUCAGGCAGAAAUUAACGUGUCGCUGUAA